GACAGGACCAGCGAGCCUCCUCCUGAUCGACUCCCCGCACACUCCGAUGGAUUAAUGUGAUUUUUCUGCGAGAGUAGAGGAUGGGCUGCGUCCAAUGUAAGGAUAAAGAAGCAGCGAAACUCACCGACGACCGGGAGACCAGCGUCUCGCACAACUCGGGAUACCGCUAUGGGUCGGACCCCACGCCGCAGCACUACCCCAGCUUCUCCACCAUCCCCAACUACAACAACUUCCACACUGCCGCCCCGCAGGGGGUGACCGUGUUCGGAGGGGUCCACACGUCCUCGCAGUCUGGGACGCUGCGGUCUCGGGGAGGAACAGGGGUGACUCUGUUCGUGGCUCUGUACGACUAUGAAGCCAGGACCGAGGAUGACCUCAGCUUCAGAAAGGGGGAGAGGUUCCAGAUCCUCAACAGCACUGAGGGAGACUGGUGGGAGGCUCGUUCUCUCACUACAGGUGGAACUGGUUACAUUCCCAGCAAUUACGUAGCUCCGGUGGACUCCAUCCAAGCUGAGGACUGGUAUUUUGGCAAAUUAGGUCGAAAGGAUGCAGAGAGGCAGCUUCUCUCCAAUGGCAACGCUAGAGGCACUUUCCUCAUCCGUGAGAGUGAAACAACUAAAGGGGCCUACUCGCUCUCCAUCCAGGACUGGGACGACAUCAAGGGGGAUCAUGUCAAACACUACAAGAUUCGAAAGCUGGACAGUGGAGGCUACUACAUCACCACCAGGGCCCAGUUCGAGACGCUGCAGCAGCUCGUACAGCACUACUCUGCCAGGGCUGCCGGACUGUGCUGCCGCCUGAUUGUGCCGUGCCACAAAGGCAUGCCCCGUCUCACCGACCUGUCCGUCAAGACCAAAGACGUGUGGGAGAUCCCACGAGAGUCGCUGCAGCUCAUCAAACGUCUCGGAAACGGCCAGUUCGGAGAGGUCUGGAUGGGCACGUGGAACGGCACCACCAAAGUGGCAGUGAAGACCCUGAAGCCCGGCACCAUGUCGCCCGAGUCCUUCCUGGAGGAGGCUCAGAUCAUGAAGAAGCUCCGACACGACAAACUGGUGCAGCUGUACGCCGUGGUGUCCGAAGAGCCCAUCUACAUCGUCACCGAGUACAUGUGCAAAGGGAGUUUGCUUGAAUUCCUGAAGGACGGAGAAGGACGAGUUCUGAAGCUGCCAAAUCUAGUGGACAUGGCAGCUCAGGUGGCAGCAGGCAUGGCGUAUAUUGAGAGGAUGAACUACAUCCAUCGAGACCUGCGCUCGGCCAACAUCCUGGUCGGAGAAAGUCUGGUGUGCAAGAUCGCUGACUUCGGAUUGGCCCGACUCAUCGAGGACAAUGAAUACACAGCCAGACAAGGGGCCAAGUUUCCCAUCAAGUGGACGGCUCCUGAGGCCGCUCUUUACGGGAAAUUCACCAUCAAGUCCGACGUGUGGUCGUUCGGCAUCCUGCUGACGGAGCUGGUGACAAAGGGCAGAGUUCCCUAUCCAGGCAUGAACAACCGCGAGGUGCUGGAGCAGGUGGAGCGAGGCUACCGGAUGCCGUGCCCGCAGGACUGCCCCAUCUCGCUGCACGAGCUGAUGGUGCAGUGCUGGAAGAAGGACCCGGAGGAGAGGCCGACCUUUGAGUACCUGCAGGCGUUUUUGGAGGACUACUUCACUGCCACUGAGCCCCAGUACCAGCCAGGGGAUAAUCUCUGA